CUCCAUGGUCAGCAGUACGCACCGCCUGCCGGCGCAUGUAUUAGCGCAGCAGCAGUUAUCCCAGCUGCAACGGACGCAGAACCGUACGGCCCCCUUCUUCCUUCCACCCCGACAUAGACACUGACUAUCAAACAGGACCAACAAUCAACCCCCUGCACCAGUUCCCCACCACAAACGGCACCACACUCGGCGACGCGACCACAGCCACAGAAACCACCACCACCACCACCAUGAACCCCAACGCAAACAGACCCACAACCACAAACACACACUACCAAACCUCCCUCGAACAAGACAAAAGGCUCCGCAGCCGCAUCCGCGAAGAACGCCACGCCGCCCUCUGCGUCCUCCUGGACCGCGAACUCCUCACCGUGCAGGCCCUCGCCGCCCAAGAGUCCAUCCCCCAAACCCGCCGCCGCUUCCUCGCCAAACUCCUCAGCCCCGAGGACCCCGACACCGCCGCCAGCCUCCAGGGCGACCGCUUCGUCAUCCAGCAUCCGAUGCGGUUGGGGUCCGUGUCCGGGGGAGGAGCAUCGAGAUCCGGGACCGCGUCGCCGGCGGCGGCGGCGGCGGCUGGCGCAUCGCCCGCUACUCCGUCGGGCGGAGACUACGAUGAAGAUGAUAGGCGGUUGCGGAUCGGGGUCGGGAUCGGCGGGCCCAUCACGACGACGGGGUUGAUUGUUCCGCGGCAGGUCGAGGAGGUGUAUGAGACGGAUGAGGCGGGGUGGAGGCGGCCGCCGCCGGGGGGCGGAGCGGAGCGCUUCGGGGCUGGUGGUGGAGGUGGUGGGAGUGGCACGAAUCGGGGGUCUCCGGCGGCGGCAGGGUCCUCGGUAUCGUCACCCGCCGGGAGGACGAAGGCGGGGACGACGAGUAAUAGUAGUAGUGUGGCGGCAACGGCGGGGUCGACGCCCGACAGGCAGCGGAGGGGCAUCAAGGGGCGGUCGCAGCGGGAGAGGGAGCGGGAGAGAGGGCGCGCGCGGAGGGGCUUGGUGGGUGGUGCUGGUGCGGCGGCCUCGAUUUUUGGAGCUUCUCUUACGUAACUGCAAGUACUAGGUCGUCACUCCUUGGGGAUUCUCUCCUGCUACUUCAAACUGAACACCAGUAGUCAGCUAUACGAGGGCAUUGGAUACCAUACCAUAAACACCAGUUCUCUUACAGGGUCAC